AAUUUGCAUUGCACACCACCACCCAUAUCCAAUCCAUCCACAAACCCUACAAAUGAUGAACCUGUUACCAUGGCAGCUUGCAGCCUUGCUUGCUCCACUCAUAAUUCUUUUGGUUACUGCUUUCUACUAUCUGACAAGCACAGGCAACAAAAGAAUUCUCGAGAAAAACUUACCCCCGCAGGCAGCCGGAGGAUGGCCUGUAAUUGGUCACCUGCGUUUGCUCUCCGGGCCCGAGCUACCUCACAUAAUCCUGUCAGACAUGGCAGACAAAUACGGCCCGAUUUUCAGUAUUCGUUUGGGAGUACACAGCGCGCUGAUUGUGAGCAGUUGGGAAAUAACAAAGGAAUGCUUCACCACCAACGAUAUGAUCUUCUGCGACCGGCCAAGAACCGCUGCGAUUCAGCACAUGAGCUACGAUUUCGCCAUGUUCGGCCUCGGAAAAUACGGCCCCUACUGGAGGGAGCUUCGCAAGAUUUCCGUGCAGAAGCUGCUGUCCAACCGCAAGAUUGAAACUCUUGGCCAUCUAUACGUAUCCGAAAUCAGGGCCCUGAUGAGAUCGUUGUAUAAUUCGUGCGUCGACGGGAAAGCGCCGUCCCCGCUGGAAAUGAGGAAACUGUUCGGGGACCUGAGCUUGAAAGUGAUAGUGAGAGUAGUUGCGGGGAAUAUUGUUGUAGGGAGUCAUGAUGAGAAGAAGGGUUUGGAGGAGAAAUGGCGUAAGACCAUAGGGGAGUUCUUCAGGGCGAUGGGGGUUCUGACUGUACCUGAUGUGCUCCCGUAUUUGAAGUGGUUGGAUUGGUUUGGAGGGAUGAGCAAAGCGUUUGAGAAGACGGGGAGAAUGAUGGAUAGUUUACUACAAGAGUGGGUGGAGGAGCACAAGACACGCAGCAGAAUUUCUGAAAGAGAUGAAAGCUUCAUGGCGGAGAUGAUGCGCGUGGCUGAUGGGAUUGCCGAGGAGUUCCCUGACUAUGAUGCUGAUACGAUAACCAAAGCUACGUGCCAGACAAUGAUGUUAGGAGGAAGCGAUACAACGUCGGUAACUCUUACAUGGACUUUGUGUUUACUGCUCAACAAUCAGCACACCCUCAAAAGGGCUCAAGAAGAGCUAGACAAACACAUCGGCAGAGAAAGACUGGUAAAGGAAUCAGACCUUGAAAAAUUAGUCUAUAUCAAAGCUAUAAUCAAGGAAACACUACGUAUCCAGCCAUCUGCACCGCUACUGCCACCGCGAGAAUCGGUGGAGGACUGCACUGUGGCAGGCUACCACAUCCCGGCCGGCACACGCCUGAUAGUGAAUAUGUGGAAACUCCAUCGUGACCCCCGAGUUUGGGAUGAUCCAUUGGAAUUCCAGCCUGAAAGGUUUCUAGUCAAACAUAAAGAGGUCGAUGUUCAAGGAAAACACUAUGAAUUGCUCCCUUUUGGUGGGGGUAGAAGGAUCUGUCCGGGAAUUUCUUUCGCCCUUCAGGUAAUGGAGUUCGCACUUGCUAGUUUCUUGCACGGGUUUGAGAUUGAAAAGUUUUUAGAUGAUGCGAUCGAUAUGACAGGUAGUUUUGGUUCUACCAAUAUGAAAGCCAAACCACUCGAAGUCUUUCUCAAGCCAAGAUUGUCUCCUGAUCUUUAUGCUUGACGAUUUUAUGAAAUACGAUGUUAAUUAAUGAUUGUAAAUUCUGGUAAACAUCAUCAUCAAAUAUGUAAAAAGAUAGUAUAUUAUGUUUGAUUUUAUUUUUAACUUA